GAUUUUGGCGCGAUAGUAAGUUUGCUAGUUUGACGAAGUUUGUGUGUUUUUCGUGAUGCCAAAGUCUGGAAAAUACAAGAAAACUUACCGAAAGCAACAAGAAAAAGAGCUUUUAUAGUUGUACAGAGUCACCGUGUCUCCGGCAGCCGGCUCUGCGUUUAGAGGCUUCGCUAUCAGACACCCGACAGACACGGUGGUUCACUGACGAUUCACCAGCAUGAACGCGAUUUUCAUCAUCGGCCAUAUCAUCGGCAUCGUCCCCAUGUCCGUCUUGCUCCUCUUCCUCCUCACCAAGCUGAUUUCCCGCCGCCGAGGCAGCCUUGUGCAGGACGGUUACGGCUACGCUGUGCUGAUAACAGGCUGCGACAGCGGCUUUGGGCACCAGCUGGCUCGAUGUUUGGACCACAAAGGGUUUGUGGUCUUUGCCGGGUGUUUGUUUCCAGAAGGGGCCGGUGCCCAGAGUCUGGCCUCACAGAGCUCCAGUAAUCUGAAAAUCCUCAAGCUGGACGUCACCAGCGACGAAGACGUGCAGCAGGCGAAGAAGAUAGUCGAGGAGAACCUGCCAGAGAAAGGUUUGUGGGCGGUUGUGAAUAACGCUGGUAUCUCUGACUGGGCCGAGAUCGAAUGGAGCUCUUUUGAAGAUUUCCGCAACAUGAUCGACAUCAACCUGUUUGGCUCCAUCAGGACUUCUUUUGCAUUUCUACCUUUGGUUCGCGCCGCCAAAGGUCGGAUGGUUUACAUGUCGAGCAUCUUUGCCUUCUUUAACUGCCUGAACAUGGGCGCUUACAGCGUGUCAAAGAGAGGACUGGAGGCUUUCGCAGAUUGUCUGCGGGUUGAAAUGGCCAGUUUUGGUGUGAAGGUCAGCAUCAUCCAGCCGGGUAAUUUCGGCCAAGCCACCAGCAUCGUGAAGACCAAAACGGGUUUGGAUAUUUGGAAAAAGUUAGAUGACGAAAAAAAGCAAACCUUCAACCGGCAGUACAUCGAGCUGGCAAACGAGUACUUCAUGUCGACAUGCAGGUCGGGGUUCAAGAACGGCGACAUGGUCAUCGACGCGUUGCUGCACGCCAUCACGUCCAGUCAGCCGAAACACAGAUACCUGCUGGCGUCUGCGGCGGAUUCAUUUUUCUUCCAGCUCUUCCCUUUUCUCCCGUCAGCCCUCAGCGACUCUGUGUUUUCUCUCAGCUCCAUGUACGCUAAAAGAAAAGACAUGCUCUACACCAAGUAGGAAAGAGUUUCUGAAGCAGAGAGGUCGUGGAAUAAUCACGAUAAUAAUGUUAUAAUAAUCUUGACUACGAAAAAGACUUAAUUGGCUGCUGAUGAGAGAGUGACGUCAUCAAUAUUUUGUUCAGAUUUGAUCAAUAUAAAUCUACAUGGGGCCUUUUCACCGGCUGGCUGUGUGUGAGUGUGUGUGUGUCAGUAUUACUCUUAUUUUGUUUUUUUUUUAAAUAUUUUUUUAAUUCUUCAGUUGUACCAUAUUUCUGUAAUAUGUACUUUGGAAUAUGAAUGUACACGUGGUGCUUAUUUGUGAUGGAUCUUUGCCAAUUUAAAUAACACUUUGAUUGUAAAUGUUGU